AUGACAUCGACCGAUCGAAAUUCUUGGUGCGCUAUUUGCGGAGUUACGAUUAACUCACACAUCAUCCGAUUCCGCUUGAUGUGGCCGAACGGUUUCUCUACGUACGAUCCAGAUGUUGUUAGCGACGCUGACGUCGGGUGGCUCGAUCAAGUGCAUUUUCUUGGCUACAACCCCCUAGCAACUACAAGCUCAAAAUUCUAUGUCUCCGAUCCAGCUAUUAUUGGCCGAGGAAUCGAAAUGGCCACCGAGACGAGGACAGAUCCCGCUUUUGCAGGUGUCGAAGUGCGUACUCUACGCGUCUAUAGAAACAAAAAAGGUCCCGAAAGAGUAAUUCCGUUUCACUGGGAAUGCUACAAGACCUUGGCACUAUAUCUGACCGGAACAUCUGACACCACAAGGAUUAGAAAAGGGGCCCUUUACAGAGUUUUGGAACGGUUCUUGGUGGUGAGAGACUUCCAGCGACAGGCGGACUACUGGGAAUGCAUUCCUGGACAAGAGUACACAGUCUUCAGCCCCCAGUGCCAAGUACAACUGAAGGGCGAUAUGGCCGCUUACAUCUCAGGUCCGGAAUUCGAGAAGCCUAGCCAGUACCACUGCAAAUCUAAGGCUAACUCAAACCCUCUUACAUUGCUUCCCGAGACGGUCAUAUCUGGUGUUUCAGAGUUCCUUGAUAAUGAGAGUCUCAUAAAUCUAUUCUGCGCCUCAUUGGAAACAUACUCAAGCCUGAGAGACAGUGGUUCUUUUUGGAAAAGACGUAUAAUCACCCACUUGCCCUAUUUUCUUGAGUUGCACGAGUACUUGAAAGAACACUCUCAAAAUUUGGAGGACAGAGACUUCAGAAAGAUCUUCUUGUGGGCCGAUGCAGCCUCCAAGCCGCAGUUUGGUGUCACUAGACUCAUGUUUCCCGUCGCCAAUCGACGACGGAUCUGGAAGGUCUGUGAGCAAAUUGAAGAGCUUUACAACCAAGAACCUCGACAGAAAGGCAUUUCAAAGAGGCACUUAGGGUGUCAGGUCCAUAAGAGUGAAAGGCAAGUACUAGGAGACACUGGAGAGCCAGGCCUGCAUUUUCGAUCUGCAAACUUCAUUCAACAGUGGUCUGGGUUACUGUGCCCCUGGACUCUUGGCCUUUUUUGGAACUCGGAGGGGGAUCUUUCAGGUAUAGCCGUUACGUUUGGACGAACGCAGAGAAUAUUCGGGCAUGAACCAAAAGAAAGUGGCGCAUGCCGUACUGCGGGUUCGUUCGCGGGCGGAGUCUGGAUCAAGGGCUUUGUCUUUCAUAUUUAUGCUUCAUCCGCUCUCAGACCCUGGCAGUCUUGUUCUUGGAAUUAUUCCUCUUGCAAGGGCGUCACAGUACAUCUCACCGAUGGCUCCGAGCAUACGUAUGGUCAGGGUGAUGAGCAUCUACUCAGAAUGCCAUUUGCGGCAACGGAAAACAUGGCAAUCGUCGGUAUCAAAGGCACUCUAACAGUAAGUCUUCACGGAACUUUCUCGGAGUUUCUAACGUUGAGAACCAUAAAGGCACAUAAGAGACACGCUAUUUCUCCCUUUAUCGAGAAGGUGAGGUUCUUGCAAGCCGCUACCAACGGCGAGCACUUUUCUCGCGAGCCGCUUAAGCAUCGAGACCAAGAGGUCACUAGUUGGAAUCCAGUGAACUGCAUGUUCAGGAACCUAAUCUCACCGACCGACGACCUAGAGCUGAACUUGUGCAAAGGUCGUGUUCGUAAAUUUGAUCGUUGGCACUGCCUCGUUCCACUUAACACCCUCGUUCUCGCCAACGACGCAAGCGAACUAUCCCAGAUACGCAGCAUUUCUGCGUACAUUAUUCGAGAUCCGAUAUAUUUCAAUAUCUGGAACAACCAUUGUGACGUUGGCAACCUACGAAUCACAACAGACACAGAGACUCGCUAUCUGAGAAAUAUGGACGACGAUGGUUCGAUUUGGCCUGGGCAGCGUUGGGAUACGUUCCACAUCGAUGGUCCGGGUGGUGAGAUAAUCGAACAGGUUAUAGUCCAUCAUGCCUUGUUUCGAGACCCUUCGCCCAAGGCAAUUGAAACCUGUACAAACCGGGGCCGAUCAGUAAUUUGGGGCGUGGAUAUGGAACGCGGUGAAUACGGGGACGAAACGAAUAAGCCCUGUCCUCCAAACAUGAGCCACAGGCUUCCCACUCAUCUGCGCCCAGAUGACGGAUUUACUAUUGUUGGGUUAACAAUGGGAUGCGGGAAGGUCUUUGGUCGUUGGCACUCAGAUGAGUAUCAAGUCGAACGUAGCAAAGCGCCCGACUGCCACUCGUACUCGAGGAGAUUGAAAGAUAAGGGUGAGGAUUAUGUGGAUGAGAAAGAUUCUCGCGGGCCUUGGACCAAGGAACAGUAUGAUAGGCGCAAUGAGUCGACUAUACAUACAGGCAUGAGCAAGUUUGGCAUCAUCACGAAAAGAAUCACAGGUAGUCCCGGGCGAGGUAUCUAG